GCCUGAGGCUGGUAGAGUGGUAGGUAAUAAACUAAUAACCGUAAAUAGUUAGAUGGAGCGUGUCGUCUGUCGAAGCUUUGUGUCACUCCAUCCCCCAUGAUUGAAAUGGCGUCUGGUCGAUUUCAGUCCCUCUUUAUUUUCACAUUACUCGUUACAGUUGUAGCAAAUGAGGUUGAGAACAGUGAUAUUUACCCAAUUGUGGUUACAACUUGGCCGUUUGUUGAAGCUGUUAGGGCUGCUUGGAGAGUUGUUGAUGGAGGAUUUUCAGCAGUUGAUGCUGUUGUUGAAGGUUGUUCUGCUUGUGAACAACUCAGAUGUGAUGGUACAGUUGGACCUGGUGGUAGUCCAGAUGAGAAUGGAGAAACAACUCUUGAUGCUUUAGUUAUGAAUGGGCAUUGCAUAGGCAACAAUGGAGUUGGGUGCUGUUGCUGCCAUGAGGUAUGUAAAAGAUGGUAUAAGAGCUGCAAGAUUAGUGAUGCAACAUACUGAGCAUACUUUACUUGUUGGAGAACAAGCAUCAGUAUUUGCCAUUUCAAUGGGUCUUCCAGGACCUAUGAAUCUCAGUUCUGAGGAGUCGCUGAAGAAGUGGAUGAAAUGGAAAGAGAAGGACUGCCAGCCGAAUUUCCGAAAGAACAUUCUUCCUACAAAUAGUUGUGGUCCUUACCAUCCAAAAGAAAAUACUCAAAUGGGAGAGAAUUCUUGUCCUACUGUGGAUCUGGUAAAAACUACUACUAGAAAGAUAUCGCCUAUUAAUAUGCACAACCAUGACACCAUUUCAAUGGCUGUUAUUGAUAAGAUGGGCCAUGUUGCUGUUGGCACAUCAACUAAUGGAGCAACUUUUAAGAUUCCUGGCAGGGUUGGUGAUGGUCCCAUUCCAGGGUCCUCAUCAUAUGCUGAUGAUGAAGUUGGUGCAUGUGGUGCAACAGGAGAUGGUGAUAUUAUGAUGCGCUUCCUUCCAUGUUAUCAAGUUGUUGAGAGUUUGAGACGUGGUAUGGAACCCAAAGUUGCUGCUGAGGAUGCAAUAUCCAGAAUUGCGAGAAAAUUUCCGAAUUUUGUUGGAGCUGUCUUCGCUGUGAGCAAGGAUGGUGUACAUGCAGGUGCAUGCCAUGGAUGGACAUUUCAGUAUUCUGUUAGACUUCCUAGCAUGGACGAUGUAGAGGUGUUUACUGUCACGCCUCAAUCCGCAAGCGUCCCAUGCUUCGUGAAGACUUAGUUUGCUCACUGAGUGAACACUACUGCUCCUGUCUUCCUUUCAAGCUGUAGUAUUCUUUGUGUAUCUACAGUGCAACACUUUUUUGUUCAAUGAAAUGGACGAUACAGUAGAUACAAUAUUAUUCUUCUCUGAGUAAAAAAUGUACUAAGAUUUACAUAUGAAAAUGAAUUCUUUUAAAAUCUAUGUACUAUUUGGAUGCUUCA